ACACGUGAGGUUUUUCAAUUCAAAAGACUACAGAUAGUACAUUUUACACUUCUAGAAAGUGGUUGGCUUUGUGCUUUUGCAAACAGAUAAGGAGUCCUAUAACUUCACUACACAUGAUUUCGGUGCUAAUAGGGCUCUAAAAUGGAUGUUUUGAGACCAUCGUUGAUUAACAUCAAUGGGAGAAUUUACAGGAAAAAUAUCACCAGGGAACAGACUUACCAAAACGAAGAAGAGGACUUUGAUUAUUCGGCUAGCCCAGAAUGUUUGGAUGAGCCCUGUGACACAGUGGAAGUGGAACAAACAGAAAAGGGCUAUCGCUGUGCUAUAGAUGUCCCCAGUGUUCUCUACAAAUAUAUCAUAGGGAAGAAAGGUGACACCAGAAAAAGAUUGGAGACUGAAACACGUACUUCUAUCAACAUCCCGAAACAAGGAGUGGAGGGGCAGAUAGUCAUCACCGGUCAGCAACGAGCCUCAGUGAUCUCUGCCUGUACCCGCAUUGAGGUCCUGAUGGAAAGUUUCCGGAGGAAGCAGCCCUUCACUCAUUUCCUGUCCUUUGCUCUAAAUCAGCCAGAGAUCCAGGAGCGAUACCUGCAGUUCAAAGACGAGGUGCUGAAAAACUGUUCCCAGGAUGAUGGUGUAGACAGCAGCAUUUUCCAGAAUCCAGCCAAGCUCCAUCUGACUAUUGGUACUCUGUCCCUGCUGAAUGAAAAGGAAGUGACAAAAGCAUGUGAAUUGCUUCAGCAGUGCAAGGAGGACUUUAUCAAGGACAUUACCGGAAGUAAGCCUCUUCCACUUGAGAUAGUGGGCAUUGAGUACAUGAACGAUGACCCUGCUAUGGUGGAUGUGCUAUAUGCCAAAGUGCACCCAAAGGAUGGGUCUGACAAAUUACAGCUCAUUGCAGACCAGCUGGUGAAAAACUUUGUAAGUUCAGGCCUGAUGACUAAGGAGUGGGACAGAGUGAAGCUUCACGCCACAGUCAUGAACACAGUCUUCAGAAAGGACCCCUCAGCUGAGGACAAGAGAGAAUCAGGGAGGCAAGGUCUAAAGGACCGGGAAUCAUUUGAUGCUCGAAAUCUAAUGAAGAUGUUCGGGAAAUAUAAUUUCGGAAAUCUGGAUCUGAAUGCAGUUCAAGUGUCCCAGAGGUUUUCAACAGACUGCUCUGGCUACUACACCUCGUCAGGACUUAUCACAUUUUCAUGAAGAAUACAAGCAAAUCAAGGGUACGGAAACAUGGGGAAGAGAAGCAGUCCAGUUUAAAAAAAAAAAAAAGCUUGUUAACUACAAUUUCUUUAUAUAACUGAAAUGUAGCUCUAGAAUUUGCAGUGUGAGCUUGGAUAUAUGUAGAUGUGUCCGGUGUCUUAUAGUUAGUCAUGCACCUGGAAUAUUUGGUUUAUCUGUAAGGCUAGGCAAAUUUAAUAUGUAAACGCGUUUAAUUGAACUAUUGUUAUUAUACCAGGUAUAGAGAUUUUAAUUAUUAACAGCUGGAUGCUUCUUUUGAGGAAAUGCGCUUCUUCCACUAGCUGUCACUGGAGAGAAUCUCUUAAAAUGAUUAGGGAUAAAAAUAAAACUGGAAUAACAAGAUGUGAUAAGAGAGCAGGAAUAACAUGUUAAGUCAGCUCUGCCAUUUGACUUUGAUGCAUGGCACACAAACAAGGAUAAUUACUUAAAGGGACUGGCUUUCUCUAAUAACAUGUGUAAUAUAAACCCUUCUUGCUUUGAGACUUCCAGCAAGAUACAAGUGAAAAAUAAAAAAUAAGUUGAUUUUAAAUUGAAAUGGUUUGUUAGGCAGAUAGCUGUGUUCCCUGUUGUGCCUUGUUCUGUCUGUGUAUAGCCCUGAAAAGUUAAUGUAAUAAAAACUCACUUUGUACAAGAACAAUUGAAGAUUAUAUUAGGCAUGCAGUUUUUUUCAGUCAUUGUCAGGCCAACCAAAUUCGCACUCAGCCAUGAAAUGUAGAGUAUUUGGUUAAAAUGCUUUAAGCAUUGCAAAAUAAUGCUGUAUAUGAAGAUAAGUUACAAUUUUAAUAAUAAUUGCUUUUUAUGAUAUUGGUUGUAUUCUAAAACUGUUAUACCAGUACCUUGGUAAAUUAUAAAACAAAUGUUCUCUCAGGAUUAAGAUUUCAGUUUUUGGUUGUGUCGUAGUGCAAGGUAAGAUAUAUUAUUUUGUUAUUCGUAACUUUAAACAGCAAUAAAACAAUCAGUAAUACUAAAAUAAAUUAUGUGUUUUUGGUGAACAAACCAUUCACCAAAACUGGGGUAUUUUAAAACAAGUUCCAUAUGAAAUGAAGAUAUGCCCACAUUCAUUACACAUUUUAUUGAUCACAGAGCCAAUCUGAGGCCCAUUGAAAAGUCAUAAUGGAUUUUGAAUUAAACGGUGAGUCUCCUAAGAGGUCAAUUCUCACAAGCCUGUGAAUUGGUUGUUUGAUCAAUUACAAGUAAGAAGGUUCUGCCUGGGGACUGCAUGGGUUUCUCAGUACUGCCAUGCUCUGAUACCAAAAGCUAUUUCAAUGUUAAUUGUAAAAGGUCAGCGAAUCCUCCACUGUGUAGUUGCUGUAUUUCAUUUGUGUAAUUUUCUAAAAGGAAACGGUAUUAACACCAGGUUUUACAAAAAUAGCAUAUACUGUAAAGCACAAAAGGAAGUUCGUCAUCUAAGUUAACCAAGUACCUUUUUAAUGCCUUGAUUCAGCACUGAUUUACAUCUUUAAAUUUUCAGUUGCUUACUAGAUUGGUGUUGGUGUUGAUGUUUGAGUAAAGCAGUGGUGGCCAAACCCUGCCCUGGGGAACGGGAGGUGUCAAAUGUGGCUGUUCAGACUUGAGAAUUACUGUGUGAGCCACGGGGUUCCUCUUUAUGGAAUCACUUUUAACUAAUCAGCUUUUGAGUUUUCAGACAGAUUACUUGGUUGAAUGACAGUGUAUAUAUACGGUAGAAUCAACUAUGUGCCAACCUCUGCUGAAACAUUUUAAUUAUUUUGCUGGUGUGUGGGCCAAUUACAUAAAUUGCCAUCUCAGUAGAGGCACUGUACUCUGUAAUGGCUCCCAGAGGAAAACAGUUUAGCCUCCCUUAACUCUGAGAGAUGGUACAAGUAUUUUAUUAAAACUAGAUAAAGUGAGGACAAUUUUUGCCUGAUUCCAGAUCUCCAGUAUAACUAUAGUCUUUUGAAGGUAUAUUCACUCAGCAAUAAUGCAAUAUCCCUUUAUUUCUGAGUUUGUUAUUUUCUCUUACAGGAAUAUCAUUGCCAGUCUGCCCUAUUUAAUUACUACAGUAGGUAUAUAAAAAUAGUUCAGUACUUAGUUGAUAAAUAAAUGUAAUUUAUUGUUGAUUACAAAAUAGUCCAUCAUAAUUAACCAUUUUGUCUUGUUAAACCUAAGCAUGUCUGCCAUGUACUGUCAUUUCCCUAGAAUACUGCACAGCACUCCCCUUAUAAUUGUUAAGCUUGUUUGACCUUGUAAACAUUUUGAAAUAACAGUGGCAUUAUUA